ACCAACACUUACACUGUCUGCAGGAGACUGCAGUAUACUCUACUCUACAGCCAAACCCCACCGCCGCCGCCAUGGACAAGUUCCGGAUGAUGUUCCAGUUCCUGCAGUCCAACCAGGAGUCCUUCAUGAACGGCAUCUGCGGCAUCAUGGCGCUGGCCGCCGCGCAGCUCUACUCGGGCUUCGAGUUCAGCUGCCUGUGCCUGCCCGACUACAACUACGCCUACGGCAUCGGCGUGCUGGUGGUGCCGCCGGUCUGGUUCUUCAUGCUGGGCUUCGUGCUCAACAACAACGUGUCCAUGCUGGCGGAGGAGUGGCGCCGGCCGCUGGGCAAGCGCGUGAAGGACCCCACCGUGCUGCGCUACAUGUUCUGCUCGAUAUCGCAGCGCUCACUCAUCGCGCCCAUCGUCUGGAUCUCCGUGACGCUCAUGGACGGCAAGAGCUUCCUGUGCGCGUACUCGCUCAACCUGGACGCCAGGCGCUUCACCGGUCCGGACUUCAGCUUCGAGAAGGUCAACAUGAGCGGAGAGGACGUGACGAGGAUGCUGGCCAAGAUACCGUGUAAAGAUAUAUAUGACGGUGGCCACAUAGUGGCCAGAGAGGCGGCGACCAGAUACCUGCGGUGUGUGUCACAGGCGUUCGGCUGGGUCUUCCUCCUCCUCAUUACCCUAACGGCCUUCCUGGUGCGUGCCAUACGGCCUUGCUUCACUCAGGCGGCCUUCCUCAAGACCAAGUACUGGUCGCACUACAUCGACAUCGAGCGCAAGAUGUUCGACGAGACGUGCACGGAGCACGCCAAGAGCUUCGCCAAGGUCUGCAUCCAGCAGUACUUCGAGAGCAUCAGUGGCGAGAUGCGGAGCCUCCACGGGCACCGUCCGCACCGCGACAACGGCGACCGGCGACACGGCGACAGCGACGAGGAUAAGAAGCUGAGCGAUGAGGACAAGCUGCUGGGCAUCCGCGCGCAGGACGACAUGAACCGCGUGCUGUGGAACUGGCACGCGUGCAAGCCGCCGCUCAGCCUGCGACGCGACGGGCCCGACGGGGACACCAGCGACGAGCUUGUCAACGGCGGCGUCCACUACGUGCAGAUGAAGGAGAUGGCAGAGUACUACAGCACUGUGUGA